AUGUUUUGGUCUGAUGAGCUACAACAUAGUAUUAUCAACAAAAGAAUUGAAGACAGGACAAACUUCCCUUCUUGGAUUUGUUUUGUGAAUGGGAUCUUGAUUGGGUUGGAAUAUAAGCCAACAUGGAAAGGCAAAGACUUCUACAGCCAGAAGUCAUACUACAGUAUUUCGGUAACAAUUGUAUGUGAUGAUAAAAAGAUGAUCUAUCACUACUAUACUGAACGGGCAGGAUGUUCUCAUGAUGCCUGUAUCUUUGCAAACUCGCAGCUGGGAAGAACUCCUGGCCGGUUUUUUUUAGGGGAUCAAUACCUGUUUUGA